AUGCCCUACGUGGCCGGUGUGAUCAUUAUAUGCACCUUAGUCUGGAUAAUAUGUGCCCUCGGAAUAACCUGGAUCCAUCGCCUGGAUACUUUCAUAUGGAUCUUCCCCCUCAUCGUCUGGUGCGUGGCCGCAGGAACCGGCGCAUCUUCCUUCACAGCGGAAAGCCCAAAGUCACUCCACGGAUCUGACAAGGCAGCAGCCGUGCUUAGUUAUAUGGCGAGUAUCUUUUUCUUCUCCGUUUCAUGGGUGAACUGCGCAGCCGAUUAUAAUGUACGCAUGCCGCGGGAGACAUCACGUUGGCAAAUCUUCAGUGCGACGUAUGUUGGGAUUUUCGUCCCUACAGUUCUGGUUCAGUCGCUUGGUGCAGCCUUAUAUACAGGUACCAUAACGAACCAUGUGUGGAAAGAGGCAUAUGGGGCCUCCUCCAUUGGCGGAUUGCUAAAGAUGGCUCUUGAGCCCGCUGGUGGAUUCGGCAAGUUUCUGAUGGUUCUGGCCGCGCUGAGCUCUAUCCCGAACAACAUUCCGAAUAAUUAUUCCUUUGCCCUCCAUAUGCAGAACCUAGGCCCAUGGGCACUGAAGAUUCCGCGGGUGGUCUUGGUAACAUUUGGUUUUGUGGUAGCCGUCAUCGUUGGGUGCUGCGCGGCAGUAUACUUCCAUGAUGCUCUGCAGACAUUUCUGAGCGUCAUUGGAUACUGGACUGUGAUUCACAUUACGGUGGUAAUGGAAGAGCAUUUCAUAUUCCGGAGACGCUGGUCUGCAUAUAAUCUGGAAGAAUGGAACAAUCCAGCGGCGCUUCCUUUCGGAUGGGCAUCUAUCGGCGCUUUUGCGUUCGGUUUUGCUGGAGCAGCUCUGGGAAUGAAGGUCACGUGGUAUUCUGCGCCAAUUGCCUCAUUGAUAGGAAAAGGUGCAAAUAUUGGCCACGAGCUGACAUUUGCUUUCUCGGGAAUCGUGUUUCCCAUCUUCCGCUGGAUGGAAAGUCGGUACGGGCACUGA